AUUAUAAAUAGGGGGAUGGUAAAUGGAGAAAGUGCGCGUUGUUUCGGUGAGAGCUUAGCUGCAGCGAAGAUGUGUGGAGGAGCGAUAAUUUCCGAUUUUAUAGACGUGAAACGUGGCCGGAAACUGACGCCACAGGAUCUCUGGUCGGAGUCUGACACACUUUCCGACCUCCUACUCUUAGACUCCAAAGACAAUGACUACUUUAGAGGGCUGGCCACGGAUGAUUACAAGAUGGACGGACCCAAAUCUCUCCCACAACAAGGAAGUGGUGGAAGGACCACGAAAACUGCCUAUCCAAAAGAAGGAAAUGGCAAUUCAGGAUCGAAGCGGGCCCGGAAGAACAUCUACAGAGGGAUUAGGCAAAGGCCAUGGGGGAAGUGGGCUGCUGAGAUUCGCGAUCCUUGGAAAGGUGUUAGAGUAUGGCUAGGGACCUACAACACUGCAGAGGAAGCCGCCCGGGCUUAUGAUGAAGCAGCUCGGAGAAUCCGGGGCGAGAAGGCUAAACUCAAUUUCCCAGAUGAUCCACCCCCAACAAAAAAACAACGAUGUGUGGGGAAUCCAAUCGCCUCCCCGGUGGGCCCCAUGACAUUGGACGGCUACCGAUCGAAUGAGAUUUACCCAAUACUGGCGCUUUCGGCGGCAGCUGAAUUCCAGUGGAAGGAGAAAUGUGACCAUGUUAUGGAGAGGUGCCAAGCAAUGGAUGUGGAACUGAAGGAGAGAAUCUCUAGCUUGGAAUCGUUCCUUGGGUUGGAGCAUGAAGCUAGCGAGUCAGAGAUGAGCCGUGACUCAGUGGAUCUUUGGUUCUUGGACAAUGUCACUCGUAUCUAGUGUUACAUCAUCAUGUUACGUGUUCCUUUGGUUGUUUGUGUUAUCUUUUUGGUGCAUGUAUGUGGACGACUGUCUAUUAUCAUUAUUACUAUUUGGGUUGCCUUGU